GAUGCCAAUAGACACAAUCAACUUGGCUGUUGUGAGAGAAAGAGUCUGACUAGUGCGUCGUCGUGUUUUUCCAACUCCGUCUCAUCCAUCUACACAAAUCCUAAAAAUAGCAUCGGUCCCCAACAGAUCGAAAUCAAUUCUUUGCUAGGCAAGAUCAGAGGAUCGUGAGCAAUUGAAAGGUAUGUGGCAUUCAGAAGAUUUCAUGAUAGCUGAUGAAGUGGUUGCUGACGGAGCUCAGUGCCACCGAAGGGUAUCAUUCCCCCAUCAAUCAACAUUUGAAGAAUCCACCAAAUUUUGUGAAAAUAACUACUCUGGAAAGCUAAAUUCCGAUUCUGGCUUUCUAUCUGGAGUCAACAUCAAUGAGGAUUCUGCUGUGAUAACCUCCAGCUCCAUAAAUCUUUCAGACGAACAAGACAGCAUGAAGCUCAAAAGUGCUGCACAGUUCAGUGUCAACGAGAUCAACUUGGAUUACAAAUCUGGGAAAAUAAAUAAUUUGAGCAGUCCGGUAAAACCCCAGAAAGAACUUCCAAGAAGGAUAACCCUGCGUGACCUACUUAGACAGGAUGAGGAUGGAGAUACACCGUUGCAUUUGGCCGUGCUCCAGGGGUUUAUCGAAGUGGUUUUCAGCCUGGUUAGGAUUCUACCCGACCCUCGUCUGCUAGAAAUCCCCAACAAAUAUUUGCAGACGCCACUUCAUUUGGCAGUUUUAACGAAUCAGGCGCCUUUGGUUCGCCGGCUAGUGGUCGGGGGCGCAUCGGUCCUGCUGCGAGAUCGUUUAGGCAAUACACCACUACAUUUGGCCUGUCGUGAUGGGCAUGUUGAUUGUGCCCACGCCUUGCUCCUACCCGUCAGUCACGAAGAACGCCAAUCCGCUUUGUUACCGUUGCACAUUGUCCCACAACCUCUGCCACAGGACUUGGAACAGAAAAAUUACGAUGGUCAGAUGCCGCUCCACCUUGCGGCCAUGAACGGACAUGUUUCUAUAGCGAAAUUACUUUGCUGCUUCGGAGCUAACGUCAACGCCAUGGAAGGCAAAUAUGGACGAACAGCACUGCACUAUUCAGUUGAACGCCGGCAUCCAGCGAUGCUGCACUUCCUAGUGUCCCAGUGUGGCGCACAAACCGAAGCCGAAACCUACUCUGGUUAUACAGCUCAUCAAAUCGCUUCAGUUUCCGAGCCGGUUUUAGCUGCCUUAUUGGCCGACUUGGGCGCGCAAAUUAGGCCUUGCCCACUUGAGAAAUUCUCGAGUGACGAAGAAGAUUUCUCUGACAGCAAAAUGUCGUUGACCGCAUCAUGGAGGCCCCGUUCUGACAAAAAUAUGUCCUUGACGAGUGAAGCCCUUCAUUUGGUAGCCUAAAAUAGCAUCUAUUAUCGUUACACUAAUGUAUGUGUCACUUUACAACUUGUGUAAUUAUGAAAAUAUUUUUUUUUGUUUGGAAAAAGAAACUAUUAUGGGUUGUAGUCGUUUCGUGACAUCAUUACUGUACGGCGUACUGUACAGAAUCAAUAAAAAUUAUCACGUUUUUACGGCUUUA